AUGGCCCAAAUCGACAUCUUCUUCUCGCACCUGCCUCCUGUCACGCGCUUCUACCUGUUUUGCUCGACGGCGCUGAUGCUCCUGUGCACCCUCGAGAUCGUCUCGCCCUUCUCGCUGUACAUCAACUACAACCUAGUCGUCCAACGCGGCCAGCUCUGGCGAAUCUUCUCGUGCUUCCUCUUCUUCGGAACCUUCUCUCUCCACUUCUUCUGGAACGUCUACGUCUUGAUUUUCUACUGCGCAACUCUCGAAGAGCACCAGAAGAGCGCCGCCUUCCUCUGGAUGCUCAUCACCACCGGCGCUCUCCUCCUGGGCCUUUCGUACCUCUUUGGCGUCAGUUCCUACUUCUUCAGUGGGUCCAUGAUCAACGUGAUGACCUACAUUUGGGGCCGAAGAAAUCCGAGCACGCGACUCUCUGUCUUCUUCAUCUCCGUCAGUGCGCCGUAUCUACCCUUUGUCCUCGCCCUCAUGUCUGUGUUGGUGGGGUGGAGCAUUGCGGACCACGCGAUCGGCAUCCUCGUGGGGCAUGUGUACUACUUCUUCGAGGACAUCUACCCUCUUCUGCCGACAAGCAAGGGUCGGCGGUUCUUCCGAACGCCGCGCAUGCUUCUCUGGCUCUUCCGAGAGAGUGCAGACUGA